AUGGUCAACCUCCGACUCGGAUCCAUCGCUCCCGACUUCAAGGCCGAGACCUCGGCCGGUGACAUCGAGUUCCACAAGUGGGCCGGUGAUGACUGGGUCAUGCUCUUCUCCCACCCUGACGACUUCACUCCCGUCUGCACUACCGAGCUCGGUGGGCUUGCUAAGCGUCACGAAGAGUUCAAGCAGCGAGGAGUCAAGUUGCUCGGAUUGUCUGCCAACGAUGUUGCCAGCCACCACGAGUGGAUCAAGGACGUCGAUGAGAUCUCGGGUUCUUCCUUGUCUUUCCCCAUCAUCGGCGACAAGGAGCGCAAGGUCGCCACCACCUACGACAUGCUCGACGCCCUCGACGCCUCCAACGUCGACGCCCUCGGUCUCCCUCUGACCGUCCGAAGCGUCUUCAUCAUCGACCCUAAAAAGGUCAUCAGGCUCAUCAUCUCCUACCCUGCCUCUACGGGGAGGAACGUCGACGAGCUCUUGAGGGUGAUCGACUCGUUGCAGGUCAGCGCCAAGUACAAGGUUGCCACCCCGGUCGAUUGGGUUCCGGGACAGGACGUUAUCGUUGCCAACAGCGUCAAGAAGGAGGAGGCUGAUCAGCUGUUCCCGGGUUACAAGUCGGUCAAGCCUUACUUGAGGUACACUGCCGACCCUAGCAAGAAGUAG